AUGUCCUCUUUUUGCUCCCCUCCAGACCAUCAAGACGAGGUGGAUCGGCUCGAGGUUGCGCGCGAUGGUGUGCGUGGAAUUCUAAAGGAGGCCGAGGCGAUUAUGACUCGGCUGGAACACGCCGAGAAACUGCUCUUCUUCGCCGACCAUCUGGUCGCUCAUGACGCCCUCGACCCGAACAGUUUGGUCAGUUUCGACCUGCCCAUCUCAUUCUUUCACAAUCAUCCCUAUGCGUCGUCCACCCUUUCGGUGCCCACCAACUUUCCUGGAGUCGUUUCUAUCUCUGCGGCUGUCGGCACCUCCGGUGACUCAGCGUCGGGGUCGCCGACGGGUCUCAACAUGUCGCUAGCUGCCUCAGGUCUGGCGUCUCCAGGCGCUUGUCUCGUCACCUCGACGACUGCCGCGAAUUCGCUGGGUACGAGUGCGGCCUCCGGUACCGGAGUGCCUCCGGGUCGUGUACGUGUGGACCUGCGUGCCAAGCUGCGUCAUCCAGACACUCGGAUGGUUAACUAUGACAAACUCUAUAUCGAGGUGCGCCGCAACAACAAGAUUGUACAGCAAGGUACUGUCUAG